GGUGGAAAUCAAUUUUUCUUCCAGUUGGAAGAUUCAAGGAAGGUUGAUGAUGUUGUACAAACUGUUCUCCAGCUACAAAGAGCUUCUCGCCUGGAGAAACUCGGUGACCAGACAGCCAUGAUAACUGCUAUUUUACAAUCACGUUUAGCAAGAUCAUCAUUUGAUAAAAACAGCUUUCAAAGUGUAUCUGAAACCUCCCACAUGGAAUGCUUAGCAGAAAUGGUAACACCGUUGGUCACCAAUCCGGGACAUGUGUGUAUAACAGAUCAAUACCUCUACUUUCAGCCAUUAAAUGGCUAUCCAAAACCUGUUGUGUGCAUUAGCUUGGCUGAUAUAAGGAGAAUAUACAAAAGGAGACACAUGCUAAUGCCCAUGGGACUAGAAGUAUUUUGCACUGAAAACGACUUGUGUUCCGACAUAUACCUCAAAUUUUACAAUCCAAAAGAUCGCGAUGGACUAUACUACUAUAUUGCAGCUUAUAUAGAAAAUCACGUGGCUGAGCAUACUGCAGACAGCUACAUGCUCCAGUGGCAGAUGGGACAUAUCUCCAAUUACCAGUAUCUGUUACAUCUCAAUAACCUGGCAGACCGGAGCUGCAAUGAUCUGUCCCAGUAUCCUGUGUUUCCUUGGAUCAUUGCAGACUAUACAAAUUCUGUGCUAGAUUUAUCCAUUGCAAAAACCUUCCGGGAUCUGAGUAAACCAGUUGGAGCUUUAAAUAAAGACAGACUUGAAAGGCUGUUGAGCCGUUAUCAUGAAAUGCCCGAUCCAAAGUUUAUAUAUGGAAGCCACUAUUCCUCGCCAGGAUAUGUUCUGUUCUACCUGGUUCGAGUUGCCCCUGAGUACAUGCUUUGCAUCCAGAAUGGAAAGUACGACCACGCAGACAGGAUGUUCAACAGCAUUGCAGAGACAUGGAGGAAUUGUUUAGAAGGUGUGACAGACUUCAAAGAGUUGGUUCCAGAGUUUUUUGGAAAGGACGGGAGUUUUCUGUUAAACGGUUUGAAUCUGGAGCUGGGGAAGAGACAAGGGGGAAAACUGGUGGAUGACGUAGAUCUUCCGCCGUGGGCCUCAGAUCCAGAAGAUUUUCUGCAGAAAAACUUAGAAGCUCUGGAAAGCCAGUAUGUCUCAGAUCAUCUCCAUGAAUGGAUUGAUUUGAUAUUUGGUUGUAAGCAGAGAGGAAGUGAAGCAGUUGCUGCAAAUAAUGUGUUUCACCCUGUAACAUAUGAAGGAGAAAUUGACUUGCACAGUAUUGAAGAUCCUGAUCAGAAAGUCGCUAUGUUGACACAAAUCCUGGAAUUCGGUCAGACACCCAAGCAGCUAUUCAUGAAAUCUCAUCCAAAGAGAAUAUUUACAAAGUCAAAAUGUUUUUCAAGGUCUUCCAGCCAAAAUAUUUCUGUGCCAGAAUCACCUGUAUCCCUUAGUGAAGAUUCUUUUGAAGAUUUAACAGAAGAAAGUAAAACUCUUGCCUGGUGUAAUAUCACUAAAUUCCAGAUAGACAGCGGGUACAAGAUUCACAAAGAAACUAUCACGGGCAUUGCUGUAUCUUCUAAUGGAUCCUCUGUUUUCACAACAUCACAAGAUUCCACUUUGAAGAUGUUCUCCAUGAGCCAGAAAUCUCUCCAAAGAAGUGUUUCAUUUUCUAAUAUGGCGUUAUCGUCUUGUAUAUUGUUACCAGGUGAUACAACAGUGAUGUGUUCCUCCUGGGAUAAUAACGUGUAUUUUUAUUCCAUCGCUUUUGGAAGGAGACAAGACACUUUAAUGGGGCAUGAUGAUGCUGUUAGCAAAAUCCACUGGUGUAACAAUAGGCUGUUCUCCGCAUCAUGGGAUUCUACAGUAAAGGUGUGGAGCUGUGUGCCUUCCAAAGUGUGCGGAACCAAAAGGAACAACUUUGAACUGCUGGCUGAAUUAGAACAUGAUGCUGGUGUAAACACAAUCAAUGCGAGCUUUGAUGGAUCAUUGCUGGUAUCAGGAACUAAAGAAGGCACAGUGAGCAUCUGGGAUACUGCUGAAUCAUCUAUAUUACAUCAGCUUCCUUGCCACAAUGGACCCAUUUGUGAAGUUGCAUUGAGUCCCGACAACAGACAUGUGCUUUCAUCAGGAGAAGAUGGCUGCCUAAAAGUCACUGAUGUUCAAACUGGAAUGCUCAUCUCCUCUCUACCAUCAGGAGAAGUUCAAAGGUGUUUUCACUGGAAUGGCCACACUGUUCUGUCAGGAAAUGACAGCGGUGAACUGCUUGUCUGGGAUCUUGUAGGAGGACGGAUUCUUGAAAGAAUAGCUGGGCAUGCAGAUGCUGUUACAUGUAUGUGGAUGAAUGAGUCGUGCAACACAGUCAUCACAGGAUCUGCAGACAGACAGAUUUUAUUCUGGAAACUGCAAUACUAA